CAUCCGCCCUUGUCCUAUGCUUUGACUCAGCCCCGUCCCAUGUUGCCAAUUUGAUCAGGCAGCAAUCGGGUGAAAAAACUCGUCGUUUCCACACCUCUGGGAAAUCGGGGGCUAGGAGAAAUAUUGGGCUGCUUUUCUGGUCAUUUUGGGUGAGCUGGGGAGGCGAGGUUCAGGUUUUAUAUUGAGGGUUCGGGCUGGCUGCUGGAGGAGAGAGCUUUACCCUGCCAGGACCUGAUGCAAUCCAUUCAAGCCAACAAGUUUGGAGAGAAUGUUGAGUUCAAUCAAUUCAGAACGUCGAGAUGGAGCCCAACUCAGUCCAGUGGGUCGGCUCUCCGUGUGGUUUGCACGGUCCUUACAUUUUCUACAAGGCUUUUCAGUUCCACUUUGAAGGCAGACCAAGAAUUUUGUCCCUUGGCGACUUUUUCUUUGUAAGAUGUAAGCCAGAGGAUCCGAUUUGCAUAGCGGAGCUCCAGCUGUUGUGGGAAGAGAGGACUACCCGGCAACUUUUAUCCAGCUCCAAACUUUAUUUCCUCCCAGAAGAUACUCCCCGGGGCAGAAAUAGUGACCAUGGCGAGGAUGAAGUUAUUGCCGUUUCAGAGAAGGUGACUGUGAAGCUCGAAGACUUGGCAAAAUGGGCACAUUCAGAUUUCUCCAAGUGGAAGUGUGGUCUCCGGGCUGACCCAGUCAUACCCAUGGAACUGGGCAAGAAUGGGCAGAAGGAAGCCUUGAUGAGAUACAGGCAGUCCACACUCAACAGUGGCCUGAACUUCAAAGACAUUCUAAAGGAAAAGGCUGAUCUUGGUGAGGAUGACGAAGAUUCAAAUCUGCUAAUCCUCAGUUAUCCACAGUACUGUCGAUAUCGUUCCAUGCUAAAGCGUGUUCAAGAUAAGCCAUCUUCAAUACUAACAGACCAGUUCGUUUUAGCCCUUGGUGGCAUUGCAGUAAUCAGCAAGAACCCCCAAAUCCUUUACUGUCGGGAUACGUUUGAUCACCCGACUCUUAUAGAAAAUGAAAGCGUAUGUGAUGAGUUUGCACCAAAUCUUAAAGGCAGACCACGCAAAAAGAAGCCAUGCCCACAGAGAAGAGAUUCAUUAAAUGGGGUUAAAGAUUCCAACAAUAAUUCUGAAAGCAAAGCUGUUGCCAAGGUAAAAUGUGAGGCUAAGUCAGCUUUGCCCAAAUCCAAAAGUAACAACAGCAACUGUAAAAAAGGCUCAAGUGAAGAUAAAUCAAAGGUUGCUGUGGGUGAAGAGUGUAGAGCUGAUGAGCAGGCUUUCCUUGUGGCACUUUAUAAAUACAUGAAAGAAAGGAAAACACCCAUUGAACGAAUACCCUAUUUAGGUUUUAAGCAGAUUAACCUUUGGACUAUGUUUCAAGCUGCUCAAAAACUGGGAGGAUAUGAAACAAUAACAGCCCGUCGACAAUGGAAACAUAUUUAUGAUGAAUUAGGUGGUAACCCUGGAAGCACAAGUGCUGCUACAUGUACUCGCAGACAUUAUGAAAGAUUAAUCCUGCCAUAUGAAAGAUUUAUUAAAGGAGAGGAAGAUAAGCCAUUGCCUCCAGUGAAACCUCGAAAACAGGAUAACAGUUCCCAGGAGAGCGAAACUAAAACAAAAGUGUCUGGAACAAAACGCAUCAAAAAUGAAAACCAAAAGAGCAAGAAAGAAAAAGAUAAUGCACAGAAACCCCAAGAUGCAUCUGAGGUUUCAUCAGAACAAGAGAAGGAUCAAGACUCUUCAGACCAGAAAAGUUUAUCUGAGCAUCCUGCAGUGGAGGAGACGAAGAAGCCCAUUGAAGGGCCCCAGCCUCUUCUGCCAGAGGCAACAGGGCCAGUAUCUCUGGAAAAGAUAGAUUUGAUGGAAAGCAGCUCCAACAGUGAAAAUCCCAAGGAGGAAGUACAGCACUCAGUCUCUUUUUCAAGUGCUUCAGUGCCUCCUGAAGAGGAUGCCAUAUUGGAGCCAACAGUCGUCAAACACUUGCACACCCCAACAGAUGCCCUUGAUGACACAAAGCAAGAACAAAGAGGACACAGUUUUACAGGCAGUUUAGAAAGUGAACCCCAAGAACUGCCUUUUAAUAAUUUCCCUGCAAGUCAAAACGACAUGGAAGACGAUAAAUUGCCAGAGAUGGCUGAUUAUAUUGCAAACUGCACAGUGAAACUGGAUCAGUUAGGUAAUGAAGACAUACACAACGCACUAAAGCAAACGCCCAAAGUUCUUGUGGUACAGAAUUUUGACAUGUUCAAAGAAAAGGAACUGCCAGGUUCCAUUAACGAUGAUCCCAGUUUUAGUUACACACCACUAAUCUAUUCAAAGGGUAAUCCAGGCAUCAUGUCACCACUGGCAAAGAAAAAACUUCUAUCACAGGUCAGUGGGGCAACUCUGUCAUGUAGUUAUCCUUAUGGGUCACCUCCACCUUUGAUUAGCAAAAAGAAAUUAAACAGCAGAGAUGAACUGUCUGCAAGCAUAUCUCAGGCUCCCCAUGCCCCCAAUUCUGAUUCUGUGGCAGUUAAUAGACCAUCUGUAAUACAACAUGUGCAGAGUUUUAAAACCAAGAAUUCAGAGGAAAGGAAAUCUAUUAAUGAAGCUUUUAAGCCUGACACGUUAAGUAAACCAGAUCCCAAGCGUUGUGAUUUUUCAAAACAUCACCUUAACUCUCUUGCUGAAUCUUAUGUACUGAAGCCAGAUAUCCAGGACUGCAAAGAUAAAAUGAAUGAGAAAAGGGCACUGCAGCAUUCCCAUGUGCCCAGUUUCUUGGCAGACUUUUACUCAUCUCCUCAUCUGCACAGCCUUUAUAGGCACACAGAACACCACCUUAAUAAUGAACAGACAUCAAAGUACCUCCCUCGAGACAUGUUCAGAGAUUCAGAAAAUAUUUCUACUUUUACUCAACACAAACACCAAGAAAAACUUAAUUUAAAUUAUCACCCAUCUUUGCAUCAGCAAGAAAAAAAGACUGCAGUGGAAGCCUCUUCAGAUGAUCAGCCUACGGAUUUGAGUCUUCCAAAGAGCGUGCACAAACAGACUGCAAAGACUCCAGGGUCCAGUCUCCCACAUUCAUCAAUGGUGCCACAAGAAAGCAAAAGUAUUUCCCAGUUCCAUACAUCAGGCGGCCAGGGGGUGAGCAUAGACUGUAAUCCCAAAGCUUGCCGUGUUUCUCCAAUGACCAUGUCAGCACCUAAAAAACAUAGUGAAUCCCUUCACAGGUCCGGAAAACAGCAGAAUCAGAGACUUGAGAAUUUAAGAAAGAUGGAAGGAAUGGUCCAUCCAAUUAUAAGCCGCAAAAGUAGCCCCCAAAACAUUGGGGCAGCUCGGCCUUUGAAACGGAACCUAGAGGAUUUGGACAAAGUCAUUUCUGAAAAAAAAAUCCGAGCUGUCUCUCCUCUGCACUUACCAAAGGAGGUACCUGCAAAGGAAAAGGUUCCCGACCGAGAGGGCGAAGGCAGCAAAUUAGUUCAUGGUCUACAUUCUGGCAACACGUUGGAAAGCCACAAAUUUCCCCUCUCAACUCCUAUCUUCACAGGCUUGUACCCAGGAACUCUGUGUGCGGGGUUGAACAAUCGCAUCCCAGCUGGAUACUCUCAUCCUUUGCAGUACUUGAAAAAUCAGACUGUGCUUUCUCCACUAAUGCAGCCUUUGGCUCUUCAUUCCUUCAUGGUGCAAAGACAAUUUCUUACAUCCCCUGCAAAUUCUCAGCAACUCUAUAGACACUUAGCUGCAGCAACACCUGUAGGAAGUUCAUACGGUGACCUUUUGCACAAUAGCAUUUAUCCUUUAGCUGCUAUAAAUCCUCAAGCUGCCUUUCCACCUUCCCAGCUGUCUUCUGUACAUCCGAGCACAAAACUGUAAAUCCUUUUUUUUUAAAAAGUAUCUGAGAAAAAAUGUUGUUAGCUACAUUCCUUUCCCUGUGAUAAUGUCUUGCAGAAUUAGAAAUCAAUAUUUUUGUUAACCAGUAAGUAGUCUCAUCCCAUGUAGCUGAAUGCUUCAAAUCUGACUGAGACAAAACUACUUUACAGUUUGUAAUUCCAGCUCCCACACCUACUGCCCAAAUCAUUUCAUUUUGCAUAUUAGUUUUUUGAAAGGUCUUACAUAUGUCGAGAGCAAAGAUCAGAGCAAACCAAUGGAACUUUAGGGACAGAUCCUGAUCUCUUUGAAGCUAGUGGAAAAACUUGCUUUUUUUUUUCUUUCAGGGAGUGGAGGAUUAGGGUCCUUAGAUAGUUCCAUUCAGUCAAGGACUCAAGAUGAAUCUGAAAAAGAGGCGGAGGCAGGGAAUACAUACAAUCAAUAGAUGUGCUUUUGGGGUAACUUUCCUGAUUUUUCAAAGGUUCAAUCAAUGCAAUGUAUAGUAAAACUGCAAUAGAUUCUUCAUUUUAACACUAUUAGAACAGAAAGGUAAACACUGUUUAAUUUGACUGUACAUAUCCGCUUUGAGAACUAUCAGUGUCACAUUUGGUCACAUAAUUUAUAUAGUUUCAUUUUUCCAGUAUAUCCUGUGCUCUUUUUUUUUUUAAAUUAAACAGUAUCAUUUUAUCUGCAACUUAUUUUAAAGGCUGUGGCUGUCCUAAUUGUGUGUGUGUGUGUGUGUCUGUGUAUGUGUUUGUAAUUUUUCCAGUUCUUAUACUUUUGAGCAGCUUUUUUGGUGGUGACAUUAUUGUUUACAAACUGAAGCAAUUGGUUCAGGCUAUAAACAUACUGUAGAUUAUACAACAAUGCAAUUGAUGCAAACAAAGUUCUUUUUUUCUAUGGUCUGUUCCUGAUAGGUGCUGAGCACCUGUCACUCCCACUGGUGUUGUCACAAUGGCUCAUACACUGCUUUACUGGCCACAGAAGCUUUUGGUCUGUGAAUUUGUUAACAAUUGUACUUACCUUAUCUAGGCUGUGAAACCCUCCUGCAUACCAGAGAAAUAAAGAACAAAAUCUUACUGGCAACAAGCUGCUGAAUAACAAUAGAGUCCAGAAGACGGAUUUGUGGGUUGUAAGAAUAUGUCAAGAAUGUCAAAAAUUAGAACAGGAGCCAAUCUUUAUUUUUUAAUCAAAAGGUUUUAAGAGUCCUGUGCCUCGAAAUAGGGAUGGGCUGGGGGCAGGCACCUCCCCCCACAAAGAAGAAUACCACUAAAUAGUAGCCCAAGGUUCAGUAGUCUGAAUAGUGGGUGAAGCAGUGAUGCUCACUUAUCCAGCUCCUUCUUCCUAGUUCACAUCAAGUGAAACUCACCCCAGCUAGCACAAAGCCUACGCAUCAGGUAAACCCUAUUCAGAGAGCUAGGUUCUCAGCUGGCAAAAAUCUGCAUGGCUCCACUGAAGUCAAAGGAGCUGUGGUGGGACUUAAAGCCUGCACACCUUUUGUGAUAGCCCUCUGCACUCAUGCUGAACAACCAACCCCAGUCAUUGGGAAUAAUUUGUAAGUAUAAAAAGCCCAUGAGUGCAGGUUUUGAGUUUCCAUAAUGAAAGAACCUUCCAAAGCAAAUGGUCACUUGAGAGCCAUCACCACUCUGCAGCUAAAUAUAGACAUUGAGACAGAGGUUAAACUUGGAAGUAUUUUACAAUGUGAAAAUGGGUUAUGAUUUAAACCAUCUCAGUUAUUAUUCAAAUGCAGCAUGAUCAAAACUGUUACAAAUACAAAUGGAAACACCUUGCAUGCCACUAUUAGAACCUCCCAGGAUAUAAUGCCAACUACAAUAUAUGAUGGAACAUAUUUAAUAUACAAAGGUGGAAACCAGAAUUAUGAAGUCAUCUACUGUUAAAGAUCCACUUUCUUCAAUUAAAUACUUUAUAUUUCUGUGGCAAAACAAGAUUUAAUUGAUCAGUAAACAGACUAGUAGAAUCUAGAACAUAAAUGUGCCAAUGCAGAUUAUUCUGCUAUUCCACAUACUGUACAGAAAACAAAAAUCACAAGCUCAUUUGGUCACAGGCCAUAGUAUAGAAGGCAUCACUAGUGAAGUUGCAUGAGGCCUAAAUCAUGUAAGAAUCAAGGGGUGGGAGGAAAUGUGUAAACCUACAGCAAACACAAAUAUGUAUGUGCCUGCCCUUUAAUCAGAAAAUUGAACAUUUCUCUUACUGGUUUAUGAUAUUCUGUACAUCCUGGAUUCAUGCAUUUGUUUACAACAAGUUUCUUCUUUCACUUUUGAUGACGUGUUGGAAUUUGAUCACAGCAUUUUAAAACAAUGUUAACACAGUGCAGAGUUGGGGAGGAGGGAUUUUUUCCUUCAUUUAUUCCAUGAGGAGACUCGCUGUUUCAGUCUGAGGAAGCUCAUAAUAUACUGGGCAAAACUUCAGGACAAAUAAAAAGAAAUGGUGGCAUAACUCCCCAACAGAAGUAGUACAUUAUUUGUUUAAAAACUCUUACCAGAAAUCUGGGAAAUCUUUCAGAAAGACCAUUGAAUUCUCCAUUGGCUGAGAACUACUUUUUUUAAAAAAAUGUCUUAAAUGGGGCUUUGUUUGCAUUGUUUGAGUUCAAGGGGCCUUAUUAUUGAAUGAAAUUGCACAAGCCUUUCUUUGUGCAAUCAAAACCAUUGUUAUUGGUAGGGUUGUAAGGGAAACUGUGGAAUUUAAUUGGCAAUAGAGUCAUAAAUAUAUUUACCAAGAACCAGUGCCAAGAAAUGUUGCAAUUCAAAUGCACUAUGUUCAAGAUUCAUUACAGAUUCUGAAGGUUGUGAGAUUCAAUUAACUAUAAAAGCCCAACAAAAACAAUAUUCGUGUAACUUCUGGUUACAGACUGAGUUUGACUUUAGGAAACAGAAAUUAAAACAGAACCUAACUGACUUUCGCAACAAAAUAUGUUUCUAGUAAGGGUCAAAAUCUGUCAUGAUUGCAUUUUGCAAUAGAUCUGUCUUAUUUAUUUAGUUACUGGACAAGAUAAGGUCCCAUUUGUAUCAUGGCAUACAAAGUAGUUUGUUGCAACUAAGUAUUUACUUUACAACUUAUUGAAUUGGUGCAUGAGUCCUUAAGUACUGUAUCUUACUAUGUUGAUGCGUCUAAUGGAAGUUUCUGUGAGGUCACUAAAACAUUUUGUGCAGUGUGCCUUCAAAGAGAACGGUUCAUUUCUUUAAAUCAUUGUUCCACAUAGUCACUUUUUUUUUUCUUGUGGUGGUGGUGGUCAGUCAGGUCACAGCUGAUCUUCUUUUACCAUUGUCAUGAUCUUAAUGAGAAAUGGGAAUUAUUUCACUUAUGUGAGGCCGACAACAUUGAAACUAUUAUCAUGAGCACUUACUAGGUGUUUGCUGUAAAUGUGUUUGAUAUUUCACUUGUUCCCCUCUCCCCCAGUUUUAAAUAUGUUCUAAUAAUGGCAGCAUAAUCUACUAGCUGUUUAUACUUUUUUAACUUUCAUUUGUUGUAAAUAUUGUAUACUUUUUGUGAUUCAAGUUAUGUAGCCUAUAUGCUCUGUAAGGUGAUUAUCUGUAUAUAGCAAAAUGGCCCAGUAAUAUUAUAUAGUAUCCCAUUUAAAAGGUUAUUGAGUAACCUUUGCAUUAGUUUAAACACUACCAGAAAUAAAGCUGAGCCAACUAUAAACACUCAAUUUUUGUAUGUUUUCCAAAUUGUACUUAUUAAUGCUUUUGAUACUGUAUUAUGUGCCAAUAGUUUCCCAAUCACAUAGCAGGCAAAAGAUAUUUUGUACUUUUUGAUCCACUGUAAUAUUUAAUAAAAAAUGCUACUAUCUGUU